UGUUUGAGAUGCAUAAAUAAACCAAAACCAAAACCAAAACCAUCAUAGAUGAAAAGGUGGUUUUUCACUUUAUAAAUACCAUUUCUUUGCUUUCUUUUUCUUAUAUCUCUUUGUUCUACAAAGUUGAAAAAAAGAGAGAAAGUUUACAUACUAUUUCAAAGAUUACAAUCUGUGUUAUUGUCCUUGAUAAGCUUGCAACUAUGAGUUUUCCAAAUGAAUCCAUGCCUGAUUCUCCUCAGAGAAAGAUUGGAAGGGGAAAGAUUGAGAUCAAGAGGAUCGAAAACACGACGAAUCGACAAGUUACCUUCUGCAAGCGUAGAAAUGGCUUGCUUAAGAAGGCAUAUGAAUUGUCUGUGCUUUGUGAUGCAGAAGUUGCUCUUAUAGUCUUCUCGACUCGUGGCCGUCUCUAUGAAUAUGCAAAUAACAGUGUGAAAGCUUCUAUUGAGAGGUAUAAGAAAGCAUGUUCUGAUACUUCUGGUGCUAAAUCAGCUUCUGAGACUAAUGCUCAGUAUUAUCAGCAAGAAGCUGCGAAACUGCGAGUGCAAAUCAGUAAUUUACAGAAUCAUAACAGGCAAAUGAUGGGUGAGGCUUUGAGCAAUAUGAACGGUAAGGAACUCAGAAACCUUGAGAGUAAACUAGAGAAAGGAAUUAGCCGAAUUCGCUCCAAGAAGAAUGAAAUGCUAUUUGCAGAAAUUGAGUACAUGCAGAAGAGGGAGAUAGAGUUGCAUAAUAGCAACCAGGUUCUUAGAGCAAAGAUAUCAGAAAAUGAUCAGAGGAACAACCAUAGUGCUAAUGUGUUGCAUGGUGGCACAAGCUUUGAAUGUAUGCAACCUCAGCAACAAUUCGACUCUCGCAGUUACUUCCAAGUGAAUGAAUUACAACCCAAUAAUAAUCAGUAUGCCAGGCAGGACCAGAUGUCUCUUCAAUUUGUUUGAUGUGCUCGUGGUUGAGAAGGGCAAAGACUUUGAGUUUCUGGUAUUUGAAUCUUGGCAAUCUUAUGAUAGCGUAUGCGUAAAGAAAAUAUAAGAAAAACUACUAGGAGGGAAUUUAUUUAAGUACUUCCCUUCAAUACUAUGUAGUGGCUUUAUAGAAUUUCAUAAGCGCUUAGCCAUGUAUCUAUUAUGAAAGCUUCUAUGAUCUAUUUAGCUUGUGUAUUAAGACACUAAGUAUGGAGAUUACACAUUAAUCGACAUGUUUGUCAACCCUAUUCUACUUUCCA